AUGACUCUUAUUAUUCGUAUUGUAAAACAAAAACAUCGUCUUAAUCAACAUGUCAAUUGGCGUAAACAUCGAAAAAUGGCCAUUCAACUCAUAUCAAUCACAUUAUUAUUUUAUUUUCUCUAUUUACCUAAUGUUAUUGUAGCAAUCGUCUUUGGCUGUGGCGUUCCGUGGAGUUAUCUAGAAAAUUUCUUAGCGUACGGACAAUUUUUUUCUUAUUAUAUCAAUUUUCUACUUCCAUUCGUCUGCGCUGGAACCUUACCUCAUCUUCGAAAUAAAAUUAAAAAAAUCUUACAAUUAUGGCCAUGGCAUACACGUAGUGCUAUUGAACCAAGUCAUAACACCGUAAUGUUUAAAGCAGCUGGUCAAUCGAUUGUUCCAACAAGAUUUGUUCAUUGA